CCCCUCCUCCUGCUCUGAUUGGACAGCGAGGAAGAGGAGGAGGAGGAGGAAAAAAAUCCUGACGGAGCGGCAGGAAUUUCCUCAGCUCUCCUCCAAUUUCCACGAAUCCUUCCGCCGCUCUCCGUCCAGACUGAACGUCCACAGCGACAGAAAGAAUGUUGCGAAGUGUCGCCGUGCUCGUGGCGCUGGCCGCGGCGCUCUGCAGCGCGGAGGAGCAGCAGCAAAGCAAAAGCAAAGUUUGUGCCAACGUGUUCUGCGGAGCGGGCAGAGAGUGCGCCGUCAACGAGAAGGGAGAGCCCAGCUGUCUGUGCAUAGAGAGCUGUAAACCCCACAAGAGGUCCGUGUGUGGCAGCAACGGCAAGACCUACAGGAAUCACUGUGAGCUCCACAGAGAUGCUUGUCUGACCGGACUGAAGAUCCAAGUUGCUCACGACGGACACUGCAAGGAAAAGAAAGCAGAGAAGGCAGCUGCAAACCCCGUGGUUUGUUACGCUGCUGACCGCAACGAGCUGAGGCACCGCCUGAUCCAGUGGCUGCAGACGGAGAUCGUCCCCGACGGCUGGUUUGUUAAAGGCUCCAACUUCUCCGAGAUCCUGCUGAAGUACUUCAAGAUUUAUGACAACGGCGACUCUCAGCUGGACUCCUCCGAGCUGCUCAAGUUCAUCCAGCACAACGACUCCGUCGUGGAGCUGCACUCCUAUGCAGACCAGGAGAGCAACAAGCUGCUCAGGAGCCUGUGUGUUGACGCCCUCAUCGAGCUGUCAGAUGAGAACGCAGACUGGAAGCUCAGCUUUGACGAGUUCCUCAACUGUUUGAAGCCCGGCUUCAACCCCCCAGAGAAGAAAUGCGCCCUGGAGGACGAAACAUUCGAGGACGGCGCGGAGACCCAGGUGGAGUGCAACCGCUGCGUCUGCGCAUGCGGCAACUGGGUCUGCACUGCUAUGAUCUGCUCUGACAAACACGUGGCUGCGGGUGAGUCAGCAGAUGUCGGAGCAGAGAUGACCGAGGAGGAGUGGAAUCUGAGAGUUGCUGAGCUCAACAAACAUCAGGACACGGUGGAGAAGUCCAAGACCAGCACAAAAGAGGUUUAAGUGAGGACACUCCGAAGAAGAGGAUGGACGCCGUCACCCUUCUUCCAUACUUGAUUCCCCUCACGGCCGAUUUAUAAACUGACUCGUUUAUGUUUAUCUGCUAUGUUAUUUACUAUAUAUUUUUUGUGUGUUUUUAAGUGUUUAUGUUCAUUAGAAUAUUAAGGGUGAUCACAAAACGUAAUCAGAUUGCCUUUGUGUGCCGUACUGUCCUCUUUGAUUGUGUUGCCGUGCUCCUCCGGUAGUCCUGCGGCUUUUUUUUUUUUUUUUUUACAACUGUUUUAGUGGAAAGAAAAUGUCAAGUUGCCACUUUUUGGAGGAAAAUGCGUUUUUUUUGUAGAUGGAGGAAAAAUCAAGAGUUUGGAGAGUCUGUGUGGUAAAAUGAGGAAGGGGUUUGAGAUCUUUCAUCAUCGAGUUAGCAGGUCUCUUAAAGAGGUUAAAAGAAAUUUGAGGAUGCCACUACUUGACCAUUGCACUUCUUGAUUUAUUUUCUUCUUCAUUAAUAGUAUUUGUAAUCUCUUUGUAUCUUACUGCUUAAGUAUUAGACAAAAAAAGGUCUCUGUAUAGUGUGUGACAGGCUUGAGUUGGAGGGCUCUCUCCGUCCCCAUGCCUUGCUUCGACGGGUCUUUGUGGUGCUUUGUGGUCAAACCAUUCUGUCGUUCUUGUUCUGAGACGAAAACAAGACUAUUCUCAGCGAAGAGCAGCAAAACUGCCCCUCCCCAGGUGAGACCUGAUCUCAGCUUAGCAUGGCGAAAAACAAAACCAAAGACCUGCAUUUGAAUGAUGUGUGAAAAACUCUCCGGGUAAAGCAUUACUCUGGACCCAGCAACGACAGUAUACCUGUGCUUUCUGAAUGACUAACAAAAAGGAGUCAGCUGUAGAGUAGAAGCAUCAGUGCCUGGGUGCAACUAAAACGUGUGUUUGUCUUUUAUGCGUGUUAUUAACCUCAGUCUGGGAGGAAUAGGUUUUUAUGUGUUGAUUUCUUCAAAGUUUGUACCUAAAUUUGUUUUUUCCGACAAUAAAACCAGUGCCUUAAACCUACCAAUAGUAUAGCCCUCUACCUUUGGGUACACAUUCGCUGUAAGGCCUGAAUGCAUUGCAAGAAUUUGCUCAAGUUUUGUAGUAACUCAGUCCCUGAUAACCGGCUGUGUGGAUGUAGCACUGUAGAACUUCUUUCUAUUCCAAUAGACGUGCAGAGACUGCAAGGAAAAUAUGCAUGUAUGCCAAUAAAGAUCUUACAACAGA